AUGGACGGCAUUGAACUGCUGGCGCGUGCCAGCAGCCAUGACUCUGAGCGGACGAAGCUCCUCAAGCAGGUGCUGCUGUCCUCCUCCAAGCUUCACCGCGAGCUCCGCGUGACGUUGGGCACCCCGGCCCCUAAAGCCAGCAAGUUUGGCUCUUUCGUGCCAAGCACCGAAAAGCUCAGAAAGCAGAAGGAGCUACAGGCUGCAAGCCCUUCUGCAGCGUCUUUGAAGGAAAAGCUUCAGCUCUGUGCGCAAGGUGAUUCCGACGUUUGUGAAACAAUGACGCCGGGACGAGAGCUCUCGCCGGUUCUCAAAUCCUGUGGAGCAAGAAUCGGAAGUCUGUCAGAUCGGCUUUUUACAGCAGAGGGCCAGCUUGUGCUUCGUGGAGGGGCGUUGCCACCACGGGAGGAGGAGGAGACCCAUUUGAUUGAAAUCGUUCCUCGGGGCCAGCAGGCGUCAGCAGCAACUCGGCAUAAAGCUGAAGCUGCCGCAGAGCGCGCGCUGCAGCAGCAUGCGCGUUUUGCAGCCUUGGAGGAUCUGCAGCAGACACUGCAGACCCGCUUCUCCUACGAGGAUUUGCGGCAGUCCUUUCCGCGCAGGUCGCGCUGGAAUCCAAACCUGUACCUGCUGACCGAUGAGACCUUGAAGAACCCAGCAGAGUUCAAGGAAGCUGUCUGGCGCAAGCUUCCCAAGGAGGCCGAAGAGGAUGCUCCUCGAGGGGCCAUUCGGUGGCGAAGGACCGUGGCCGGAGCACCUGGUAGGCCCAGCAUGAUGAAAACGUCCAGUGACUUGGGUGCCAAGGCCUCCAAUGGAAAGCCAAGCGUGCGGGCAUCUGUUCUGUGA